AAAACGGGUAUGGGUUAUGAGCCCCGGAGCGUAAAACGGGUAUGGUCACAGCAACCUAGCUAUUUACUUGACCCGCCCAGUUCCACAGCCUUUGUGUCUCCUUGUUUCGUCUCGCAAAUUCUGUGUGUGUCUCUCUCAACUCGGAAGCUCCAACAGAUACACAUAGCAUUAUAAUAAACUCGACAGGAGAGAAUGGGAUUGCCUGAUUCUUCUGGAGGUUUGCUGUCUGAAUUGGACGUCGAUGCUUUCAGACGCCUAUUUCCUCUUCGGUUUUAUGAGAGCCAUCUUGCCAAGUCCACACGCCCUGAUGGCAGGCCACUUGACAAAGCUAGAGACACUUCCUCAGCCCUUGGGGCCGUUGCAUCUGCGGAUGGAUCAGCGCUAGUAAAAAUUGGUUCGACGACAAUGUUGGCUGCUAUAAAAAUGGAAGUCAUGACCCCUUCUCAAGAGUCACCAGAUGAGGGAUGCAUAGCAAUUGAAUUCCACAUGCCUCCAAUUUGCUCUCCAAUUGUAAGGCCUGGCAGGCCAGCUGAGGCAGCACCUGUUGUGUCAAAACAGCUAUCUGACACUAUUUUAAGUUCCGGCAUGAUUAAUUUGAAGGAAUUAUCCUUGAUUAGUGGAAAAGCUGCUUGGAUGGUCUACCUGGACAUAUACUGUUUGGAUGCUGAUGGUGCUCUAUUUGAUGCUGCUUUGCUGUCAGCAGUCGCUGCCUUUUCUCACUUGCAGAUUCCUGUAGUUUCUAUGAAUGAUGAAGGGAAAGUAGUAGUCAUGUCUGAGGAAAAUGAGGGAGGAAAGGAGCCAGUCAAUAAAGAGAAGAGGAAACUCACGUUAUGCAGUAUUCCAUUUUCACUAACAUGCAUACUUUAUAAGAAUUACAUCUUGGCGGACCCUACAGCAGAGGAAGAGUCGAUCAUGGAAACCCUUGUAACCGUGGUUUUGGAUUCAUCUGGUCAACUUGUGUCUCUUUACAAGCCAGGUGGAUCAGUUCUUGCCUAUACAUCAGCUAUCCAGGAUUGUGUGGCACUCACUAGGCAAAGAGUGAGGGAGCUUCAGACAAUUCUAGACGAAGCCACCGCUGGUAUGGAGGUCGAUUAGUUUCAUCUUUCAUCUCCUAAGGGAAUGUCUUUUCUAUUUACAUCUUAUUCUGGCCUUAUUUUGUAUUGAUAUUGGUUACUCUAGUGAAAGGCUUCAGAAAGGUAGCAUUAAUAGUCAAAUAUUGAAUCACUAUGUGAAACUGUUCUGCAAUCUUUUGUUGGCAUACGUCUUAAUGUUUAUUGUCACAUUGUUAGAGCAAUUAGCAGUUGUGGUAAUUCAAAUUCCUUGAAAUUUGGAUGCCAUGGGUUGCUUUCUGUGUGCACAAAGCUUGUUACUGUACUUGCGUGGCGCUCACUAUAUCUGUUCUAAAUUGGUUGGAGUUACAUACAUGUUCAUCAUACUGUUUUUUGAGGA